AUGUCUUCGACCCAAAUAGACGACGAAGACCUCACCUUCACCUGCUGCGCGCCCCUCCGGCCCUCAAGCCUCCUGCGGCCGGUCGAGGUCGGCGAGAUCGGCGGCUACGGCCACGCAGGCACCUCGACAUUCCUCGCCUGGCCCAUCCUCGGCCCGCUGCUCUUCCAGAAUGAGUCCAGCGACGCGCGGGACCACUGCGCGAAUGAGAGAACAUUCCUCUCAUACCUCCGCCUCUCAGUCUACAUGUCCAUCGUCUCCGUCGCAAUCGUCCUCUCCUUCCACCUCAAAUCCGAACCCAGCGAGCUCGAGCUGCGCAUGGCGAAGCCGCUCGGCGUCAUCUUCUGGUGCCUCGCCGUCUCGUGUCUGUGUCUCGGCAUAGGAAACUACAUUAAAACGGUAAACAAAUACAGCCGCAAAGCAGCCAUCGUGCAGACCGGCUGGAGAACACAGCUUGUCCUCUCCUUCGUGGCCCUCAGCAUCGUAGGCACGUGCAUAGUCCUCCUAGUCAUCACCAAGCUCGCCAGCACCAACAACAAUACCUCAGACAACAUGCUCAAGUCAGACUUCACUGCAUCGCAUGUUUUGUGA